UCUCUCUCUCUCUCUCUCUCUCUCUCUCUCUCGAAAAAUAGCGGUCAAUGAAAGCAAUUCAUCGACUUUACUUAAGGAUUAGUCUGGCACGGACCUUUCAAGCCUAGUGUGUCAUUCACCCGCCUGCGCAGUUCAACGGGAACAUCAGAGACGGGCAGAUGUGAAUCAGACCCCAGAUUUAUUGUGAUGAAACAACAGAAUUGCCAUGUAUCGUGGGUUUUGUGUGGGAAGACGUGGCGUGCAUCUGGGAGAAUCCUGAACGCCCCGCAUUCUCGCUUUACGUAGAAGCAUUAUUUCAUCGCUGACGUCCCAUUUUCAGCACCCUGGACAACGACGAGCACGUUUCUCUGUGCGACACGCCGAGAAAAACGGCAUAAUCGACGGACAUUUAUACAUUUUCUAAUUCUUCUUGUUCCGUAUCUACGUUUAUCACCAAGAGGAAGACACAUUGAUUGAUUUCGUAUCAAAAGACCCUGUAAUAAUAAAGGCAACAUGGGAACUGUACUCUCAGUCUCCCCAAGCUACCGAAAGGCAGGCCUGUUUGAUGAAAUACCACCCCCUCUGGCACAUUAUACAGCUGUGCAGAACAGUAAAAAUGCCAAGGACAAGGGUCUGAAACGCCAGUCGCUCAUCAAUGUCCUCCCAUGGAAGCGCAUUGUGGCGGCUUCGGCCAAGAGAAAAGGCUCUAAGAAGUUGCCCUCGGGUGACAGUCAAGAUGAAGAGUGCGUGGGCACUCUCAACAGCCAAAACCUGAAGAAGUCUCAGUCUUGUGCCAAUCUCUCGGGCUUCACCCAGGAGCCGGCUGUAAGCUCCAUUCCUACAUCAAAAACAACCACCAAUGUGACCUCCACCGCAAAGAGGACCCCCAUCACUGAAUUGGUGGCCCAAGCAACCAAUGCUGGCACACCCAAAAGAGUGAUCGUGCAGGCUUCCACCUGCGAGCUACUUAGAAAUCUGGGCGACUUCUUGUCGCGACGCUGCUACCGGCUGAAGCGAUUCUCACCUGCCGAGCCUAUUGUCUGGCUUCGUCAGGUGGAUCGGUCUCUUCUGCUGCAGGGCUGGCAGGACCAGGGCUUCAUCACCCCGGCAAACUUGGUCUUCCUCUAUAUGCUGUGCCGUGAGGUCAUUUCGCCAGAGGUGUCCAGCGAGCGUGAGCUGCAGGCCGAGGUGCUCACUUGCCUCUACCUGUCCUACUCCUACAUGGGAAAUGAGAUUUCCUACCCGCUCAAGCCCUUCCUGGUGGAGAUGGACAAGGACGUCUUCUGGAACCGCAGCCUGGACAUCAUCAACCGCAUGAGUGGCAAAAUGCUCCAGCUUAAUUCUGACCCGCACUACUUUACACAGGUUUUCGCCGACCUGAAAAAUGAACGAGAAAUAACAAUAAGCCAGCUGUGUAUUGGCUUGGAUCGAUAAGAUGGCCGCUUGUGCAUAGACAAAAUAACUGUGCAUUAAAAAACAAAACAAUAAACUUCAGCAUCAUUAUUAGUAUGAACAAGUUUCAGAGCAUAGAUUUUGAAGCUUAUCUGUAGCAAUGAAUGCAACUGGAUUGGCCAUUUGAAACCCUUAAGAUGCAGGACAGCACCUUGUCAGCCAACAAGGUAUUUUUUGACUAGUUGUGCUGUGUUUUCCAGGUCACCUACAGGAUAUACUGACCAACCAUGCAGCAUAUUGACCUUUUCAAGUGAUUCCAUCCAUACACAAACAUGAGCAGCAGUCUCACAAUAAAACUCGCUUUUUGGCUCGCAAUAAAGACAGAACCGAAGAUUGUGCUGCAUUCCUUCAGCUUGCCAUGCUCAUGAUGGACUGAGUAAUUUGAAAAGGAGAGCCAAGUUAGCAACACCUAAAAUCGAUAAAAGCCAAAGACUCUAGUUUGACCUUCUGCAAUUACUACAAACCCUACACAGUGAGUUAUUGAUGAAAUAUAAGGACCAUGAACUGCUGCUCUUGCAUGGCGUCACGUUAUUGACAUGUUUUUCAUAUCGUAGUGGCCUUCAAGAAGGUCUCAGUCUUAAACUGCUGCAGGUUGGAGGUGGUCAGUCCUGAUGUACACCACUUGUUGUUAAUGAUGUUCUGUAUCAAGCUAAAACGAUUUACAACAAUUUGUGAUGAAGAACCGACCACACGCUUCCUGCGGAACAGAAUCAUUCAGCUGUUUUCCAUGUCGCGCUACCUAUUGUCAUCAUGAUAAGAACUGAAAUCUUCAAAGGGGAACAAACUAAUCGAGAGGUUGGUAUUUUAUGUAUUUUCAACAGCAAGUACUGUACGUUCUUAUACGGGUGUUAUUGCAUGCUUCUUCGACCGACCACACUUUUUAAAAGAUCUUUGUUUAUUAUUUUGGUCACACAUUUUUUUGUAUGAUAUUCUUUUGGACCGUGGUCCAAAAAUAAUGUGCCAUAAAAGUUAUCAAAGUCAGCCAAUAGUACAGCAAGCUUUUGUAGCCUUCACAUU